AUGAUGGAUGAUCAAGUCAUCAACGUGGCGGCAGCUGCCACGAAAUUCCGAAUUUCUAUUCUGCGACAGUCCCUGCACGAAAUGUGCGGGGUUGUGAGACCGAAGCUGGAUCCUUAUUCUGAAUUUCAAAUGCACUCUUAUAUUAAAGGCACCGUAGGUGCCAAUCAGGGCACAGGGUUACCAGGCAACACUGCCACUGGUGGAAUUCCCAGCCGGGUUAUCCAGGCUAGCUUCGACUUCACUACACAUAGAAAAGCAGCGAGCAAAUCCACUCAAUCCAUCAGUGAGGUUGACUGCAAAUUCUUUGGAUGCAUGUCGGGGGCAAUGCGUGCAAGCCGUCGAAAAUAA